UUACAUGUAUGGACUAUAUUGCAUAACACAUAUCGAAAAUCGUACUCCACCAUUUUGAUUCCGCGGUCGACCGAUAUCGAUGGCAGUGUUUUUAAUAAAUAUCUGUAAAUUUAAUGGCUGCGGGAUCACUUUUCCUUCUUUGGGGGAUCUCAUACAACACAUCGAAGAUACGCAUAUAGAUUACGAUCCACAAGUUAUCGAACAAAAAGAGCAAUCAAGGCCACAAUGUUUGCCUUUGAGCUAUGUUUUAAGAUUUAUAACGGAUGCUGCCAGACGGGAAGGACCUUUCCUGGGCAGUUCUGGCGCAGAGUUAAAACGAAAAUUGGCAAUCAAACAUCAUAGUUACAGUAUGUCGUCGUCAAACAGGAGCAAUACACCGACAGAUCAUGGCAGUGAAAUGGAUGAAGAUGAAAUGAUACCAUCAGAAUUAGAAGAUAGCAAUGAUUCCUGGACGACUGAAGAGUUUAGUUCGGAGUUCAUCAUGAGAUACGGGAGCAGACAUUCGGUACCAACUGGUAAUAGUUCGUCAAAUGAGAAACCAUUUGCUUGUCCUGUCCCAGGUUGUAAGAAACGCUACAAAAACGUGAAUGGCAUCAAAUAUCAUUCCAAAAAUGGACACAAAAAAGAUGGAAAGGUACGAAAGGGGUACAAAUGUCACUGCGGAAAGAGUUAUAAAACAUCACAAGGCCUUAAAAGUCAUUCAGUGAGUUCACACAACAACAAUAGUACUAUUUUGAUGACCAAUGUCACCGACACCAUCAAUAUAAAUAACAAUAAUCAUGCAUCAAGAUCGGCCGCCUCGCCACCAUCCGGUUCGUUGGACUCGAGUGCCAGUAAUAUGUCGGGCAGUUGUAGUAGUAGUAUUAACCAAAGUCAGCUAUCACCAAAUUCAAGUUUCUCAUCAUCAACAGCAGCAACAAACACACAAACGAUGAAAAAUAAUUUUGGAUUGAUAUCAAUCAAAGCCAAACCGUCAUCGUCCGCGUCGUCGUCGUCAGCGUCAUCGGGAUUCUCAAGUAAACUAGUCAAACUGUAUCCCGACAAGCAAUCAUCAUCGCCCGAUGCUGGUUCUAUUGUUAAAAUGACCGGCCAUCUACCUAGUCUCGUUAAUUUAGGCAUUUUAACGCCGGCCACAUCGCCAAAGCAACAACCAAUCAAUCAAUUAAUGCAGAAUAACAACGAUGUUAUUUUACCUUUGACACCGAUUAGUCCAAAUAUGAGUAAGAAUGUGAAUUUUAAUAACAUAACUGUGGCCGACCACAUAACGACGACUGAUGAAACGUAGCCUAUACUUAAAACGCUGCUUAUGCGAAGCAGUUGUAAAUAAGAAAUUGUAAGGAGAAAUUUAAAUUGAGAAAAAUGAAAUUGAAAUUUUAAACAAAACAAAAACAAACAAAAAAAAAAUUGCGUCAAAAUCAUUCAUUGAAAAAGGAUGAGAAGUGAGAGAGGAUUUAAUAACUAUCUCGGAAUUUUAAAAUUGCGGUCAGACAACACAAUUUACGCAUCAAAUUUGUGCAAAGUUAACUUUUUCUUAGAUUUUCAAUUUUUUUUAUUCAGUGCAAAUGUUUUUCCCCCAUUAUCAUCACAGCACUAUUGACUGUGUGUGGAAAUGGCAAUGUUUUUUUUCUUUCUUUCUUGUCUAAUCAAACAUCUUACCGUGCAUUCAUAAAGAGGAAGUAUCAAUCGCAGAAUGUUUCGUUUUCUGCUGUAAAGCUUAGAAUGACCAAAAUUAUCGUUCUGAACCGAUAUAGUAAAGAAAAGCCGAAACAUUCAAUCACCAAAAUACUAAUUCCAUUUCUAAUCCCCGUUUCUCGUGUCGAUGUUGGAGAAGCAAUUCUUCGAUUUUGGUUUUUUGUCGCUUGAUUUUGUCACCUUGGCACAGGUCCAAUUAUUCCAUCAAUUUGUUUCUAAAUUUUAUAUUGGAAUAAUCAUUUUUAAAUGGAAGGAACGGAAAAUGUAGUAGACCAAAAUUUGAAGAAAAACAAUUUUUGAAACAAAAACUAAAUUGUUGUGACAUGGGCUAUAACUGUCGUAAUAUUUAAACAAAAAAAUGUGACAAAAAAGCACAAAUUAUUGACGUACUUUUCUAGUUAUGGGUGCUUCAACACAUAUAACGUAUAUAUAUAUAUAUAUAUGUAGUGCAAUAUAUAAAACAAAACAAAAAAUAAUUUUUUUCCUUUGGAUAAUUUGAGCUUAUAUUUUAUUAGACUUUUUAAACUGUUCUCGUUUCCGUGUAAAUAUGGUACCUAUACUGAAAGUUUUAUUUAAUUUUACUUUCAAAAAAAAACUAUUAGUAGUUGUUGUUGGUUUUUAAUUUUUUUGUUGUUUACUUUUCUGAGAUACCGGAAUCAUAAACGUUAACGCCGUGCAUUGUUGUAUCUACUUUAAACAAAUUCUUUUAUUUGAUGAAAAUGUACAUGUAAUACAAUGCCACGUUAAAUGAGAACACAAAACAUUUUUUUUUUCGUAUAUUUUGAAUUGACCAUGAUAGUCUUCGAAAUCAACGGUACGAGUGUUGGUUGUGAUAAUUAUUUUUUUGUAAACAAAAAAACGCCUUAAAAACUUGAGUUUCUUUUUCAAGACUAAAAUCCUAAUUGGGUCGCUCUGAUAAAAGUGUUUUUCAGACACGACAGGCAAGCUAUUUUUUCGUUGAUUCGGUUUGUCUCAAAUGAAGCGAUGAGAACAUAGGCUUGGUUAUCGUAUUGUUUUCGAAAAUUUCAGAUUUGAAAACACGAAUCGAUUUGGCAGGCAAGAAUAAUCCGUCUUCUUUUCCAAAAACAAUUUCGAUUCGAUACGUGCCACUUAUAUCGAUUACCCUGGUUAAAAUAAAAGUCUAAUAAUUCAAAAAAUGUUUACGCACGGGCCCAAAUCCUUUGUUUUUUGAGACGAAAGUAUAGACGUUUUUCAAGCUUUUGAGACUUUUAUUUUUACCCGGGUGAUUACAAAAAGCGUCACGUGUUAAUCGCAAUAUAUUUUCGUUUAUUUAUAGAUCGAUAUCUCUGGCUUAAUAAAGUCGAUUCGUAUUAUCGAGAUUGUUCAAUACCAAUCAUUUUCCCAAACAGAUCAUUUCAAAUGUCUUCGUAUUAGACAGCCCGAAUUGACUAUAAAAUAGCUGAACAUGUCAUAAAUCUGCAUUUUUAUUUUUACUUGUCUCUCCGAGUGUAUAUCUUACCCAUUUUUUGUGGGCUAUGCAUAAAGAUAGAAAAGAUAAAAGAAUUCCGGUUAUCUCAAACACUUUUUUAAUUUUAUUUUUUUAUUCGAUUUUACUGAGAUGUUGCAGUGAUUUUUUUUUAGUAUGUGAGAGAUACUCUUUCGUAGUAAAGAAGAAGAAAAA